CAUUAUAUUUUCUUCAUAAAAAACCAAUAAGUUUUCAUAACAUAGAAAUUAGAAAGAAUGGGUCGUAGAAAGGUUGAGAUGAAGAAGAUCGAAAGUAGCUCUUCAAGAUUGGUAACAUUUUCAAAGCGUCGAUCAGGAAUUUUUAAGAAAGCAAAUGAGAUUUCUACUUUGUGUGCUGCAGAGGUUGCAAUUAUUGUCUUCUCUCCUGGUGGAAAGCCUUUCUCCUUUGGCCAGCCUAACAUUGAGAAGGUGGUUCAUAAGUUUCAAAAUAAGUAUCAACGACAACAAAGUUAUAAGGGUGAAGAUGAUUUUACCCCAUUGAAGAUGAAAUCUCCUAAGGUUAGAUUUCAUAAACUUAACCAAAAACUUACUAAUUUGGAUGCCCAACUAGAAUUUGAAUAUAAAAGAAGUGGAGAAAUUGACAAAGGAGGAAACAAAUAUGGUCUCAAGAGGAAACUAUCAAUAUCUCAACUUGAUUUACAUCAACUUACUAUGUUGCAUAAGGAUGUUAAAGAUCUUUGCAAUGACUCAAUCAGGCGAGUGAAUGAACUUGAAGCAUCACACUCCUUGUUGCUUUUGGCAAAUAAUUCAUUCUCAAACUAGCAUAUCAUUUCGAUUAAUGAAUUGGACUAAUUAAAGUCCAUCUUUUCUUUCUGGUGCAAAGACUAAAGACCAUAUUUAGUUACGUGUUGUAAUAAAUUCAUGAACAUGUUUUGAGUUACUUUGCAAGUUUGCAACACUUAUUGCUGAUUUACUUUUUGACUUUUAAUUGUAUCAUUUGUAGUCAGCAAUUACAAUUUUUUUUUUUUUGACUCGAGCAAUUAAGGUUUAGUACUUGAAAAGUUGGAAGAGAUUCAACUUCAUAGAAUUGGAUGUGGAUAUCCUUUAAAGUUUGAACUGGAUAUGCAAAUAUAGUCUUAGCCAAAAAUCUUUUUUCUUGGAACAAAAUAUCCAUUUUCUAUUACAAAAUGUUGGGAGUACAUGAUAAUAAGUUUCACAUUAGGAAAAAAGAAUAUUUUC